AAUGCAUUACGUCUCAUUCCAUAGUUUCCACUCUGGUUCUUCACGUUCGACAUUUCGAUUUCACUUAGCCUUCCCCUCCUCUCUUGGCACUUGUCUCAGCCAGUACUAAUUGCUUGCUAAAAAUAAUAUUCUUGGCCAUGGCCAUGUCUAGGGUGGUGGUGUUGUUGGCUCUGUGCAUGUUUCUGGGGCUUGUUAGCGCACGCACGUUGGGCAAUCCCUUCCACGUUCAAGGUCGCGUCUACUGUGACACUUGCCGAUGCGGUUUUGAGACGACUGCCACGAAUUACAUUCCUGGUGCAAGGGUGAGAAUUGAGUGCAAAGACAGGAACACCUUGCAGCUUGCAUACAGCGUCGAGGGAGAGACUGAUUCGACUGGAACAUACAACAUUUUGGUUGAAGAGGACCAUGAAGACCAAAUUUGUGAGUCUGUCCUUGUUAGCAGUCCCAUAAGUGACUGUAAAUCGGCAGACCCCGGACGCAGCCGUGCGAACGUUGUAGUCACCCGUUACAACGGUGUGGUUAAGGACAAGCGUUAUGCAAAUAACAUGGGCUUCUUCAAGAACGAGCCAUUGGCUGGUUGUGAAAAAAUCCUAGAGCAAUACAAGAACUACGAUCAGCAGGAAUAGAAGAAGAGCUAGCUUCUUGUUAGUCCGUAUGGCCUCACUUUAGAGUUAAGUUAUGUUGUUCUUUGCUAUACGUGUAUGCCUAUCAUUGAUCUCAAUGAUGGUGUUGGUUUCUUUUCAACUUUGUUUAGUUUGUGGACGCUAAUGUUUCAAUCUUAAUGUUCCGUUUCAUCUAAAUAUAUUUACUUUGGUCACUUAAUUUGUGGCUUUCAAUA